UGUCGCGGGUUUCCGUGUUUACGGUGCGGGCGGUGGCCGAGGCGGGUGCGGGGACCGGAGCGGCGCUUCUGUGUCCCCGGGGAAGGGGCUCGGAAGCCCCGGCGAGCGGGGGCCUCCAGGAUGAGGAUGAUCGAGAGCAUGGACUCCGCGGUCAGCAGGCCCAGCGAGGAGCUGUGGGCCGAGAUCUGCUCGUGUCUGCCGCGGCCCGAGCAGAUGGACCCCGGCGACGCCUUCACCGACUCCUUCGUGGCUCCCUGCGCCCCGGGCAGCGGCUCCGGCGGCUCUGCCCCGGCAAACCCGAAGCCCUGGGCACCCCUGAGCGAUUCCGAGGUGUAUUUGGCAUCCCUGGAGAGAAGGCUGAUGCGCAUUAAGGGCCUGUCCCAGGAGGUGACGUCCAAGGACAUGCUGCGCACGCUGGCCCAGGCCAGGCAGGAGUGCUGGGACCGCUUCCUGCAGGAGAAGUUCGAGUCCGAGUGUUACGUAGAGGGACACGACUCCGAGGAGAGCACGCUGGAGCAGCUGAAGCGCUGGCUGCAGCCCGACAAGGUGGCCGUCAGCACGGAGGAGGUGCAGCUGCUGCUGCCGCCCGAGCCCCCGGGCAGGGGGCCCGAGGAGGAGCCCCCGGCCGCGGAGCAGUGAGAGCCGCGCCACGGCCGCCUCUUGUCCAGCCCCGCGACAGGCAGAACCGGGAGGAACGGCACGCAACAAAACAAGGCAAAAAAGCUUUGGCCUUCCAGGGACAGCAGCUGCGUUUGUGGUGGACAAGAGUGACGCGCUGGUGACACGGCGACCGCGGAACUGAAACCUGACUUGGAUCUGCUCCCCGCCUGUAGCGACCUAAUCAUUCCAGUCCGACUGUGCAUUGUUUGGAACUCAUCAGGAGACACGUUGAACAACAACUACCAGUUGUUCAGAAGCAUCAGGAAACGUCGUGGUCUAGAACAGAACAGAUAAACCCACUGAAUCCAUUGUUCUUCCUGUCUUGUACCUUUUUUGUUACUCAGGUGGGCAUUUUCUUUCUUUGCUGCAAGGUCCCCGCGGUGUUUUCUGCAGAUCUGCGCUAUUAAAGUCUGAGUUUGCCCUGAGCUGUGCCUGGAGGAGCACAGAUAAUUCCCACCGCUGUCAACUGAAAACCCUAAAGCACGCUAUUCUUGCAGUUGUUAAAUUGAUUGUGUCAUUGAUGUUGUAACUAUUUAACAUUCCUCUCUAUGUCAUGUGCCCUCCUACGAUACCCACGUUAUUGGCCAAACUGUCCUUUACAGAAUAGACUGGAGGGGGGUAUUUUUUCUCUUGUUUGUUGUUUUGUACCCGUUUGUCUCCUUCAGCCUUUGCAAACGAGGAUCAGAGGAGAUUCUGUACCAGGAAACCAAGAGCGAUAACCAGGGAGGCUACAAAUAGCUUGUUUUCAUCACAGACUUGCAUAGAAUUAUCUGACUUUAAACAUGUUCUAGUAUUUAAUUGGUUUUCAUCCUGUUUAACUGGCUUAUUUCCAAUUACUAAUGGAAAAACCCUGUAAUUGUGUAUUUGUGUAAAGCUGAUGGUUCUUUAAGCUGCGCUUUCUGCCUUCGCUCCGGAGGUCGGUAGGGGGAAGCAGCGCACGCUCAGACAAAGCUCGGCAGGACAGAGGUGGUAGGGCUGGUUAGUCCCGGGAGUUCGCACGUGAGGUUCCUACCGUGUUCAUUAUCUACCUGUAUGAAAAUGCAUUUUUAAAAGUA